AUGCCUGGUCUCCCAUCCAGCAUCGACUUGGACGAAUGUAUAGAGCGCUUGUAUAAAAAACAACUCCUCGCAGACUCCGUUAUUGAGGCAAUAUGCGCCAAGGCAAAGGAGCUCCUGAUGAAGGAGAGCAACGUCGUGCAUAUUGCAGCUCCGGUUACCGUUGUGGGAGAUAUACAUGGUCAAUUCUUCGAUAUGAUUGAGAUCUUCAAAAUAGGAGGGUUUUGUCCGAAUACGAAUUAUCUCUUUUUAGGCGAUUAUGUUGACCGCGGUCUGUUCAGUGUCGAAACGAUUUCCCUAUUGGUCUGUCUCAAGUUACGAUAUCCAUCCCGAGUUCAUCUGAUCCGAGGAAACCACGAAUCCCGGGGAGUUACACAAUCUUACGGGUUUUAUACAGAGUGUGCGAGAAAAUAUGGCAAUGCCAAUGUAUGGCAUUAUUUUACCGACAUGUUCGACUUUCUUACUUUGAGUGUCGUCAUCAAUGAUCAAAUCUUCUGUGUUCACGGUGGAUUAUCGCCCUCCAUUCAUUCCAUAGAUCAGAUCAAAAUCAUCGACCGGUUCCGGGAGAUACCCCACGAAGGACCCAUGGCAGAUCUGGUCUGGUCAGAUCCGGAUAUCGAACACGACGAAUUCUCUUUGUCGCCCCGCGGUGCUGGAUAUACAUUUGGCGCGCAAGUUGUGCGCAAAUUUCUCGAAGUCAAUAGCAUGUCACACAUUCUGCGAGCCCACCAAUUGUGUCAAGAAGGAUAUCAGGUUUUAUAUGAUGAUCGACUGAGUACGGUGUGGAGCGCGCCAAACUACUGCUAUCGAUGUGGAAAUCUAGCGAGUGUCUUGGAAGUGAGCGACUCCGGCGAGAGGUUUUUCAAUAUAUUCGGAGCAGCACCUGAGAACGACGAGCAUCGGAAUGAGCAGCAAACACAACCGAACAAAGACAGCCAGAAUCCGGUCAUUGAAUACUUCUUGUGAUGUUGAUAAUUGAUAUGAUAUGAUACCCUUGAUUAUGCAGAUAUUUGGAGUUUUUUUUCCCCGGUUCUUCAUCUUUGAUAUUGGUUGUUUGUCGACGUGACACGACACGUGUAUAAUGGGAUCUCAUAUUGAUGAGUAUGAUUAGAGCCUAAUAGAUAUGGAAA